AUUUGACACUACGUUGUUUCGAAUCACCUCCGCACACUCCAUGCCACAACUACAUCUCAAAGAGAAAUCGUGAUCGAAUGGACCCUAACAAUGACCCUGAUGCCCAUCUCAACAAGGACGUUCCAGUCCUUCUAUCGAUUCAAGAACGUCGAAGGCAGUUGGAGGCAUUCCAAGCAGGUAUUGGAACGCCACUAAUACUGGUACAGAAGACGACGCUCUCAGCAUAUUCUUUCGUAGAAUGCUAACACGGCAUCCAUGUUUUUACAACAUAGAACGGGCGCUAAACAAGUCGCUUAGAACUUCGGUACGGGGCACAGGUCGACCAAUACCACAUCCUCCCUCAGCGCUCAGUCGGUCCAUAUUCCGUCCAACGAAAUCUAUUUCUGCAAACAAACUGACACCUGUAAGCAAAUUCGUUGCGACAGAUCCAGAGCAAGCAGAUGGCGCCGCAAAACAGGAGCAGCAGACAGGAGACGAUCGGGAAAACGGCGACACAACUGUGCAUGAAUUCAAUACCCAGCGAAUCAUUCAACAUUUUGACGCUCUCUCAAAGAAGAGCAAACCUAUGCAACAUCCAUUGGGAGUACGGCGGUAUGGUGCAACGGCACACCGUGUUGAGAAGAAACCUCCUCCGACGCACUCUUGGAGAUUACACACGGAGACUUCUAGCAGGGUUCGGGACACAGCGUCUGAAGAAUUGAUGGUCGAUACCAACAUCACUGUCCAGGACACACGGGCAGGGUCAUUAACUAACUCGGACGAGUGGAAGGACUUUGAGGAUAAAAGAAGCAGCUCGACAUUACCCUGGAUCAGUGGGAGCUUUGCGAUAAAGUCAUCCGAAUUCCUGGGGACAAAGAGCGUUCGUCAAGAUCGGCCACCAGCGCUUGCACCUGGUAAGCGUCAAGAGGAACUUUAUUUGUCGCAGGUACGGCUAAUGCAGUGGUACGAGAUGAGUCGAAGAGCUGCCCAACACUUCCAAGAACAAGAAAAGUCUGCGGAGGGACAAUUUGAGGUGGUCGGACGAUUGAUCCUGGACAAACAGAAAACGCUGCAGAGUUUGAAACAGCGAUUUGAAGUUGAAAAAGAACUAGUGGAGCUCGAGGCUACGCUCGGAUAUCAAAGGGAUCAGCUCAUGGCAGUUAUUAGCGGUCUGGGGUCGUUCAAGGACAGCUACGAGAGUUUCUCGGCUACACUAGACCACGAGAGCAAUGUUCUUUCUAUUCCCGGGAUCGAUAAUCAUAAUCUGGAGCUAUGGCAGGGUCAGAUCAGGCAGUGCCAGACUGCGCUGGAAACAUGGUCCAGAGAUGAAAGCAAGAAUGGUGAACUGAUUCAGGGGAUUGCGCUAGCCAUGGGCAGAUUGUGCGACAUUGUCGAUCAAGAGAUCCAAGAGCUAAUGCAGUGCAUGACGCUUCUUGCGAGAGUCCGCGAGGCAGAGUCGCUGGAGAGCAGUUUGCUGUCCUCCAGCAUAAAUCCGUGAGCUGUGCCUUGAAACCCUCAGUUGUUUUGUGUUGCCCUUAAGAACAAGGACGAGAGGAGCACCGAUGCGUUGCUUGUAGGCGCGAUAUCCAUCUCGCAUAAGGUCUCUUUCACGC